CUCUCUGUAAAGCUGCUGUGAACUCUAGAGUGUUAAAGCGCUGUAUUGAUGGAGGAGACGUGAGUGUGUGUGAGUGUGUCGCUGUAUAGAGGGAGACGUGAGUGUGUCGCUGUAUAGAUGAUCUGAGUUCAUGAGAUCGCAACACCUGAUCGCGGGUUCGACUCCAGGGAGUCUCUGGGUCGCAGUUCUGACUGAGUGUUGUGAUGUUGCAGGAGCCGCUGGUGUUCUGGUCGGUCACCCGUUCGACACGGUGAAGGUGCGGCUGCAGGUCCAGAGUGUGGAGAAGCCCCUGUAUCGCGGGACGUACCACUGCUUCCAGUCCAUCGUCCGACAAGAAACAAUGUUGGGUCUCUAUAAAGGCAUCGGCUCCCCGAUGAUGGGCCUGACCUUCAUCAACGCCAUCGUGUUCGGCGUCCAGGGGAACGCCAUGCGCAUGUUGGGUGCGGAUACGCCGCGGCACCAGUUCCUAGCGGGCGCAGCGGCCGGGCUAAUCCAGUGCAUCAUCUGCUGCCCGAUGGAGCUCGCCAAGACCCGCAUGCAGACGCAAGGAACGGGCCAGAAGAACACGACCCGGAGGCUCUACAAGAACUCCCUGGACUGCCUGAUCCGAAUCUACCGGAAGGAGGGAAUCCGGGGAAUCAACCGAGGAAUGGUGACGACCGUGAUCCGCGAGACGCCAGGCUUCGGCAUCUACUUCCUCACGUACGACACGCUAACGCGAUCGCUACGCUGCGAAGCCGACGACGGAUACAUCAUUCCCAAGCUGCUCCUGGCGGGAGGCAUGUCGGGAAUCGCAUCCUGGCUCUCCACCUAUCCGGUGGACGUCAUUAAGUCCCGCCUCCAGGCUGACGGAGUGGGCGGAGCCAACAGGUACAGCGGGAUCGUGGAUUGCGUGCGUCAGAGCUGGCGGAGGGAGGGGUGGAGGGCGUUCACUCGCGGCCUGACCUCGACUCUCCUGAGGGCGUUCCCUGUGAACGCCACCACCUUCGCCACCGUCACGCUCUUCCUCAUGUACAUGCGCGAGGACGAAGGAGCGAAGGACUGUGAGUCCAUGAGGCCUGUGACCGAACGACUUUCUGUCCAAUAGAGAAAAGGCCAGCGAACACAAGGACCAAUCAGGCUGGAGAAUGACCUUGCUGAUCUUUACGUUUCUCCACGUUUGAUGGACCACUAAAAUAAUGGGACGACUGAGUCUCCAUUGGGUUCGAGGAUUCUCAGAGGUACACCAAAGAUGAUAACUAUUAUGAUAAAGAUAAUAGUUUUUAAAAUUGUUUACAGCACAACUAUAACGAUAAUGACAACGAGGAACAAUGAUUGGUCAGGGUAAUCUGACAGCGUGACUAUAGUAACAGGCAAAGAUAUUGUGUAGUCUGAACCCGGCAUCUGGUGCUCUUUGGUCAUUUUUGACCGAAAAUGUUUAUUUUUUGAUAAAUUGGAAUGGUACGAAGUUCGGUCAACGUUUUGGCACUUGCUAUAAAAAAAAUCAUGGACAUGAUUCGAAAAGGUUAAAUGGCCCUGAAAAAGAUAGUCACAGUUGCGCUCCUCGCAGUCAGAACUGGACGGGAGACGAAUUUCAUCUAGUGGAGGCGUUUGGUACUGCAGCCGAACACAAUCUGACCGCAAGCUAACUUUUGAGAUAUCAAGCUCAAAUUUGGAACACAAAUUGAUUAGAUGUUUGAUUAAAAUAAAGAUAGAUUUCCUAAAAUUUAAAAUAGCAUUUUUCAUAAAAAAGGAAAAAAGUCGGCACACCACGGCUUCAGAAAUGUUUUUCAUAACAAUAAAUGUAAUACUUUUUUUCACUUCAGGAAUAUCUGCCAAGUGUCUUAUUUACAAAGAGAUCAAACUUCGGUCUGUUGCUCUACAGAUUGACCACAGUUUAAGUUGGAAAUAGGAAUUUCAG